AUGUCGAGACGUGCCCCAAACCCGGCCGCCGAGCGGGCGGCGCAGAACCAGACGACCAUCAAGAGCCUCCUCAAGCUCGAGCCCAACAAGGUCUGCGCCGACUGCAAGAGAAACAAGCAUCCGCGGUGGGCCAGCUGGAAUCUCGGUAUCUUCGUCUGCAUUCGAUGCUCGGGCAUCCAUCGCGGCAUGGGCACCCACAUAUCCAGAGUCAAGUCGGUCGACCUCGACUCCUGGACUGACGAGCAGCUCCAGAGCAUCCUGAGCUGGGGAAAUGCCCGCGCAAACAAGUACUGGGAGGCCAAGCUGGCCGCCGGCCAUGCCCCGUCCGAGGCCAAGAUUGAGAACUUCAUUCGCACAAAGUACGAGCUGAAGCGCUGGGUCAUGGAUGGGCCCAUGCCUGACCCGGCCUCGCUGGACGCCGACGGCGACGACGACGUGCCACUCAGCCUGGUUAAGGAGAAACAGGCGAUUGAGAAGAAGGAGUCCAUCAGGAAGGCGUCCGUCGGGCAGUCGCAAGCGCCUCAGGGCGACCUCAUCGGCGGAGACGACCCCAUCCCCUCUCGAGCGAGCACCGCUGGCCCUGCGGCUGCCAAGGUGCCGUCAAAGGCGGAACCCGCGGCACCCAAGACGACAAAUACCAAGGAUUCCUUGCUAGGAUUGGAUUUCCUGGGUGAGGCCAGCGCGCCGCCACGGCCGUCCAGCACCCCCGGGCUCAUCUCGCCUGGCGGACCAUCGCGGCCCGACCUAAAACAGUCCAUCCUCUCGCUCUACGCCUCGGCCCCGAAGCCCCAGCCCCCGCCGCCACAAGCCGCGCAGCGCCAAGGGUCGUUUGGCGGCAUGGUUUCGCCGACCAUGGGCCACCAACACCAGGGCUCUUCCGGCGGGUUCAGCGACGCGUUCGGCAGCCUUAACAUCUCCAACAACGCGCCUGCUCCCGACCCCUUUGCCGGCCUCGGGGGUGUUUCUUCGAGUAACCGGGCGACAUCACAACCACCAAGCGGCAGCACAUUUGGCGGGCUGAGUGGAGGAAGCUUCUUCGACGCAAAACCAACGCAGCCCCCGGCUGUGUCGCACCAGCAGAAGCCAUCCAACUCUGGAUUUGGCAUGUCCAGCUCCUUCUCGACUCCUUUCUCGUCGCCUCCGCCCACGCAGCCUGCGGUGGCGCCCAAGCCUGCCCAGCCAUCCUCGUCUGCCAUGGACGAUCUCUUCGACCUUUCCUCGCCAGUCACCCAGGCCAAGUCUCCCCCGCCGCCGACCAACGCUGCUCCUCCUGCGUCGACGACCUCGGUAUUCAACCUCUCCGCCACCCAGAACAAGCUCGUCUCGUCUCCCCCAGCGACAGCCACGACGACCUCGACGGCCAUGGGAGGGGCUGGGGCGUUUGGAGCCGACGUCUGGGGCGGCAACGAAUGGAGCACCCCUGAUACGACUAGCGCUGCGCCACCAGCGCUGAAGAGCCCGGAGUCGGUCAAAUCCCCUGCGAGCAACAUGAGCUGGGGCGGAGGCGGCGCUUUUGCCAGCACGCCGAUUGUGCCUGGAACCGGCGGGGGUUUCAACCCGGCGCCGAAGGUGACGGCAGACGAGGAGUUUGGCGGUUGGGCAAGUAGCGCAGGGCCGUCAGGCGCGGGCGGCGUGGCGGCGCCCAAGCCAAGCGGAGGCCUAGGGGGAGACGAUGAUCUCUUCUCCAAUGUCUGGCAGUAA